UUAUUAUAAAGAUCACGUUUUUAGAACUGUAUGUUUAUUUCACAUUUUUUACUAACUGGGCUUCCUGUGUUCCCUCCAUCAAAUCAAAUAUGGGUUCAUUGUAUCCUGUCUUUUAGACCGAUUUUCUUCCUCAUCUCAGAGUAAGUUGGAUGGCUAAUAUUCCGCUUUCAGUAUCAAUAAACUGGAGAUCUAUCGUCGUAGGGCUUCUAGUUUUUCUAGGUGUUCUGUACUAUUUCUCAGCCUAUCACUGGAAGCUUCACAAACACUCCAGCAAGACCAUUAUCAAAACACAAUACCUUAACAUCAAUGGCGCCGAAAAGGGCAUAUUUUAUCGACAUGGCUUACCAGAGAAGCCUCUUUUAAAAGUAUUAUUCCUUCACGGGAAGAGGUUCUCUUCCAAAACCUGGGAAGAUAUUGGAACUUUAGAGUUUCUGAGCAAGAAAAGUUACGAAGUGUUGGCAGUUGAUCUUCCUGCCUUUGGUAACUCGUCGACGUUGGAGGCUCCAAAAUCUCCUUCUGAUAAAGCAAAGUUCCUUGAGAUAUUGAUUCAAAAGCUUGAUUAUGAACAUUCUAUCCUAGUUGCUCCAUCGAUGAGUGGAUCAUACGCUUUUCCAUACAUUUUUAAUGGAGAAAACGCCAAGAAAUUGGAAGGAUUUGUCCCUAUUGCACCCGUUGGAACAGAAGACUUCACAGAAGAUCAGUUCAAGAAGUUGGGCCUCAAAACUUUGAUUGUUUAUGGCCAAGAAGAUAAGCAACCAUUUGUAUCAAAGGCUAUCAAGAAACUGCAACUAAUCCCUGAUGCUAUUACUAGGAGGAUUGACCAAGCAGGACAUGUCUGCUACAUUGAUCACGCUGAUGAAUUCCACAGCAAUUUGGAGGAAUUUCUUGAAAAAUUGCAGGAAAACAAGUCUUGAAACUGAAUCUUUAGGGAUCAAACAUGGCACUUACAGCCAUUCUCAAUCACACGUGCCACUCUAGCAAUAGUUUCUGUCGCGUCAAAGAAGCUCUUGGUGGACGUCAAUCAAGGCGUUCCCAUGAAUAUUCCAUGUACGUGCCCUUAUUGCUUUUGUGAAUUUUGACAAUGUUAUGGAAACGCCUUGUGAUUGCCAUCUGGUUCUUUCAAACAAUUAAUACUAGCUAUUAACUCUUACAUUGAAAUUUUACUAGAGUAAAUUUAGAUAAACCAUUUAUCUCUCCAGAUUCAGUAAAAACGAGUGUUUUGGGAUUUUCCUGUGGUUGUGUGUGAAGAUUGGAGCCAAGUAAUCCAAUCUACAUGCAUCCACAGGAAUCCUAAAACACUCACCCUUACAGAGUUUGGAGGAAAGUGGGACUGCUUGCAGUCUUUGGAUCACCUGAGAUCAGGGGAAAACAAAUUGAUAUGAUCAAAAUAUGUCUUUUCAUCCAUUCUCUUGUAAAAUAAAAUCUGGUUUCUCAUGACAGUAAAUGCUAGUUUGGCACAUAUUUGAUAUCUUAGGAGACCUCAACUAAAUAGUUAUCUUAGGCUCAGAUCAAAAGUUGAACUUUACAUGAGCCGAACAUUACUGAAAUAAUGGAUAACGAGGCAGUCUUCUCUGAUGUCCUAGCCCUAUCUAGGUUAAGCUCUUGUGAAGUUCAACAUGAGCCUAAGUUAUAUAUAUUAGAUAAAUCUAUCUGAAUCUUAUAAAUUUAUCUUAGGCCUAGGGCAAACAUCGAACUUUCCAUGCACCGAACUCAUUAAAAACAAUGGAUAUCAGGUGAUAAUGAGGCGGCAUUCUUUGAUGUAAUUAAGUUUGGUGCAUGGAAAGUUCGACAUUUGCCCUAGGCCUUAUAAGUGCUAUCUAGCACUUAAUCAAUCUCCUACCCCCUUUACCAGGGAAUAAGGCCACCUCACAUUGAACUUGUCACAGUGCCACAAAGAAACAUUGUAAAUCAGUGUCUGAUGUGAGGCUCCCUCCCCCUCUCAAUACGACAGCAUUGGACAUGAAUGUAAUUAUAAUGAAUAAUACCAAAGGACCCAGCAGAUGUAUGUAAUAAUAUAAAUUGUGGAUCCAUCCUAUCAUUUUUA